AGGAAGAUCACAUGUACUUAUCAUCAAAACAACGUGGAUUCAGAAGCAGUCGCAGUCUGCAGAGGGUUCAGACGAGGCAGAGAGGUGGAGGACACACGCACGCUGAACCACUGCCAGUGACCACGAGCAACAUUCAGUCUGUGCACUGGGGAAUUUACCGAAAUGGAUCAAGCAAAUGUGAGCAAAAGCGCAGUGAACUACUCUCCUGUUUGUCCGUCCAUUGAUGACUUCCGUAACCAGGUCUACUCGACGUCGUACUCCCUCAUCACCGUCUUCGGCCUGCUUGGGAACAGCUUCGCCCUGGUGGUGCUGAUCAAAACUCACCGCCAGAACUCGCCCUUCCAUAUCUACAUGAUCAAUCUGGCCGUGUCGGACCUGCUGUGUGUUUGCACGCUGCCGCUGCGUGUCAUUUACUAUGUCCACAAGGGCCAGUGGACUAUGGGGGAUUUCCUCUGUAGGAUCAGUUCCUACUCUCUCUAUGUCAACCUCUACUGCAGUAUCUACUUCAUGGCCGCCAUGUCUGUCACACGUUUCCUAGCAAUUGUCUUUCCAGUGCAGAAUAUCCGAUUGGUGACAGAACGUCGCACACGGCUAGUGUGCGUGGGUAUCUGGGUAUUCAUCUGUGCUUUGUCCUCACCUUUGCUAAUGUCUGGACAGACUUUUGACAGCCAUACAAAUGAAACCAAGUGUUUUGAGCCGCCAACGGAAAAAGGCGUGCAGAGACUCAUAACAAUGAAUUAUUUUUCUCUGGUUCUGUGCUUUGCAUUGCCCUUCUCUAUCAUCUUGUUGUGCUAUGCUGGUAUCAUUCGCACCCUACUAUCCCGUACCCAUGUAGCCCGACAACAGAGCAGCUUAGCUACUAAAGCCAUCCGCAUGAUUGUCAUUGUCUUGUUGACCUUCUUCAUCAGUUUCAUGCCAUACCACGUGCAGCGCACAGUCCACCUCAACUUCUUGGCCCGGAAAGACACUUCUUGCUCAGAGAAGAUUGCCAUGCAAAAGUCUGUUGUGGUGACUCUGUGCCUGGCUGCUGCCAAUUCAUGUUUUGAUCCGCUGCUUUAUUUUUUUUCUGGUGAGAGCUUCCGUAGUCGCCUGUCCUCCGGCCACUAUUCAAUGAGGGCCAGCAGACAGCACCGUGAAGACCAGUGUUUUGCUCUCAAAGGAGAGUCUGGAGAAAACCACCAACCUCCAACUUAACAUGUUCCAGUACGAUGAUCAAUUAGAUCAGAAGAUGUUAAAGAGCCCCGCACUGACAUUAAAGGAACACAUCUAAAUUUAUCAUUAAAGUGGAAAAGAGCACCUUCACAAAACUAGUUCAACUUUAUUGUGUUGUA